GCAUUUAGUUAAUUUCAUUGAUUGCUUGUGGAAAAAAUGCAUCGUGGUGGAAAGUCAUAUUCGCGUGGCGGCAAAUCCCACGCUCGUCCGCCCGGACUGAAAGGCAAGGAGAUUGGCCUGUAUUACAGGAAUCUUGCACGCCAACGUAAAAACAAUGCCACCACAGAUGAGCCAAAAAUUCGGUUGGGCUGUGAUGUUAGCGUUCCGCCGGGAAUUCUACGGCGAGUCACCGAAUACCUGGAGCAGUUUAAGGCUGGUCGCGAAUCGAAGGAGCAGCGCUUGGAUGCGAAAUUUAAAGAACAGUUUCGCCAUUUGUUGAGUGUGAAUUUUGAGACUUUUAUUGACGAGACAAAGGAACAAAAUAAGGAUUUAAAAUUGCGCAAUCCCGGCUUGGAUGAGCAUCUGCAAAAGCAGCAGAAAGAGCGCAUGGAAUCUGGGGAUGUUCGAGCACGUUACGAGGAGCGCAUGAAACUGCCAACAAUGGCGUAUGCUGCGGAUAUUAUCGAGGCUGUGGAACAAAACCAGGUGGUGUUAAUCGUGGGCAGCACCGGGUGCGGAAAGACCACACAGGUGCCCCAACUCCUGCUGGACGAUUGCAUAGAAAAGGGCAUUGGAUCUAGCUGUCGGAUUGUGUGCACCCAGCCGCGUCGCAUCUCGGCCAUUAGUGUGGCGGAGAGAGUUAGCUACGAGCGUGUGGAAUCCCUCGGCCAGUCGGUUGGCUAUCAGAUCCGCUUGGAAAGCCGUAAGCCCCGAGAGCGCGCCUCCAUCACGUACUGCACGACUGGUGUGCUGCUGCAGCAAUUGCAAUCGGAUCCACUGAUGCACAGCGCCAGUGUUCUGCUCCUCGAUGAGAUUCACGAGAGAAGCGUGGAAACAGAUGUUCUGAUGGCAUUACUUAAAUUAAUUCUGCCCCAUCGACCGGCGCUGAAGGUGAUUCUGAUGAGUGCCACUGUGCGGGAACAGGAUUUCUGUGAUUAUUUCGACAAUUGUCGAAUGUUUCGCAUCGAGGGUGUCAUGUAUCCCGUGAAGAUGCUCUACCUGGAGGACGUGCUCACCCUGACUGGCUAUCAGUUUGACAGCCGACAGAACAGACGCCGGCAUGAUCAGCCCGAGCAUAGAGCCAUGAUCGAGCCAUACUUAAGACGCCAGCGUGGCAGCUAUGAUAACAAAGUCUUAGAUCAGCUCCGGCUGCCUGAAUCCGAGGGUUGCGAGGACAUCGACUUUGUGGCCGAUCUCGUCUAUUACAUAUGCAGUAGCCAGUCAAGUGGUGCCAUAUUGGUGUUUAUGCCAGGCUACGACAAGAUUUCAAAACUGCAUAACACACUGACAAAUCCUCGCUCGGCGCUGGGCCAACGCUGGCGGGAUCAGUUGAUAGUCUAUCCACUGCAUUCGCUGCUGCCAUCCGUGGAGCAACAGUCGGUGUUUCGGCGAGCACCGCAGGGCAAGCGAAAGGUUAUAAUCUCUACGAUUAUUGCUGAGACUUCGGUGACCAUUGACGAUGUUGUCUAUGUGAUCAAUACGGGACGAACCAAAGUCACCAGCUAUGACAUCGAGACGAACAUUCAGGCGCUGGAGGAGUGCUGGGUCACGCUCGCCAAUACACAGCAGCGCAAAGGACGCGCAGGACGUGUUCAGCCCGGCAUUUGUUAUAACCUAUUUAGUCGGGCACGGGAGGCGCAGAUGGCGGAGGUGCCAACGCCAGAGAUCUUGCGCUGCAAACUGGAGUCCAUUGUGCUCAGCCUCAAAUUGCUGCACAUCGACGAUCCGUAUGCAUUUUUUCCAACAAUGAUCGAUGCACCAGACCAGAAGGCCGUCAGCAAUGCGGUUAAUCUGCUCAAGAGAAUUGAGGCGCUUGACAAUGUUGGUCAGCUAACGCCGCUGGGCUUGCAUCUGGCCAAACUGCCCAUUGAUCCGCAAAUGGGUAAAAUGAUACUUAUAUCAGCGCUAUUCCGUUGCCUGGAUCCCAUUACGUCAGCAGCGGCUGCGCUCUCGUUCAAGAGUCCCUUCUAUACGCCCAUGGGUCAGGAGCGUCGGGUAGACGAGGUCAAGCGCAAGUUGUCGCGUCAGAUGCGCAGUGAUCAUCUAAUGGUGCACAACACCAUUUGUGCCUAUCGCGAGAGCUGCGAGGCGCAUCGGUAUCGCGACUUUUGCUACAGUAAUUUCAUCAGCCAAAGAACAAUACAGCAGCUGGAGCGCAUGAAACAACAAUUUGCCGAUCUCCUAUGCAAUUACAAAUUUCUAACUUCAUCCGAUUGCUUGCACGACUCUUCGAACAUCAAUUCUGAGAAGAUUCCACUACUUCGCGCUAUAAUAGGUGGUGGCCUCUAUCCAAACAUGGCCCACUUAUGCAAAUCUCGACAAAUUAAGAAUCGAGUGCGCGCCAUUCACAACAUGUCCACAGACGAUGGUCGUCGUUGUAAUUUUCAUCCAUCAUCGGUGAACAGCGGCGAACGAGGAUUCGAUUCCAAUUACUUUGUGUAUUUUCAACGGCAGAAAUCAACAGCGCUUUAUCUUCUGGACGCCACCAUGGUGUUCCCCAUGGCUUUAAUCAUUUUUGGCGAUGGCGUCGAGUCGGGUGCCGUUGACAAAACCCCAUAUAUAUCGGUGGCCCAAACUUAUUAUUUCAAGUGCGAUCCGGAGACAGCGUCCGUAGUAAUUGAUUUACGGAAAAACUUGGCCCUGUUGCUGCUUGAAAAGGCCCUGAAUCCAGCUCAGAUAACAGAAAGCAGUGAUGACAACAAGUUAAUCCAAGCCAUAGAAGUUCUUCUCUCGAUUGAUGAAAGGAUGGGUGAUGAUGACGACGACGAAGUAAUGGAUUCCGACGAGAUUGAUGACAUUUAAAUUUUGGUUUUUUAUAUAAAUAGGUUUAUUGUGUAAAUGAUCAAAUCACUGUGUGAUGUUACCAAAAUAUUUAUUUAUAAUAGUUGUAUUAAAAAUGUAUAUAAAUUAAUGUCGUUAGGACCAAUGCGCAAGGCUUAGUCAUCCUCAAGCAGAGCAAAUACGUUCCUCGAGCGCGCUUUAUCGCAAUCAUCCUCAUCCGCAUUGGUUUCGUCGUUGGAGCUGUCCUCGUCAUUGUCAUCGCUAUCAGCGGCUAUAAUAAAUAAUAAUAAAUAUAAUAUAUAA